UUCCCCAUGAAAACCCAGAGUGAAAAACAAGCAAGCAAACAGAUCAUCACCACCACCACCACCACCACCACCAAUAGCAGCAACCAAAAAUAGUGAAAAACCAGGCCAGGGGGCUUAGGAAUUUUUACAAAAUGGCCAGCGUGAUUAGCCAGGACCCCUCCUUCCGAAGCUUCUCGGGAGGCCCGUCUGCUUAGAGCUGGCUUGGGUGUUGAUAUGUGAAGAGGCUGAGAACAUGUGGUGUAAACAUCGACUGAUAUUGUUUGCCAUUUCCACUCAGCAUGUGUAAUGCAGCAGGAAUGGCUCCUGGUGGCAUGUGACUGCCCUUCCAGACGGGUGUGCAGUGCUCUGGGACAGCUCUUUCUCUUUGGCUCCCUCCCUCCCUCCCUCCCUCGCUUGCAUCCCCCCUCCUCUGCCCCUUUCCAGACUGGGGAGAGCUUACGUGGAGGCUUGUCAUGAUUGGCAUGCAGAAGGCUGGUAGAAUGUCACUGGAAUUUUCUAGGAAGGCACAUGCGCGACACCCAAAAUGACUCCCGGCGUCGGUGGCCGCAGGUCAGCGCUUCCUGCCAGGCGCCCUGGUCUGUUUCAGAAAGUGCCGCCAAGCUCCUGGACAAGAACCCGUUCUCGGUUGGUAACCCGAACCUUCUCCUUCCUUCACCUGCCAGUCUCCAGCUGGCUCAACUGCAAGCCCAGCUCACCCUCCACCGGCUGAAGUUGGCACAGACAGCUGUCACCAACAACACUGCGGCCGCCACUGUCCUGAACCAAGUCCUCUCCAAAGUGGCCAUGUCCCAGCCUCUCUUCAACCAGCUGAGACAUCCGUCUGUGAUCAGUAACCCCCAUGGCCACACCGGGGUACCCCAACAUGCUGCAACCAUACCCAGCACCCGGUUUCCCUCUAAUGCAAUUGCCUUUUCACCCCCUAGCCAGACACGAGGCCCAGGAGCCUCCAUGAGCCUUCCCAGCCAGCCCCCCAGUGCCAUGGUGAUGCAUCCUUUCAGCGGGGUAAUGCCUCCGGCCCCUGGCCAGCCAGCAGUCAUCUUGGGCCUUGGCAAGACAGGGCCCGCGCCAGCUCCCGCGGGAUUCUACGAGUAUGGCAAAGCCAGCUCCGGCCAGACAUACGGCUCUGAAACAGACGGGCAGCCCAGCUUCCUGCCAGCCUCUGCCUCGACUGCGGGCGGUGUGACUUACGAAGGGCACUACAGUCACCCAGGGCAAGAUGGCCAAGCUGCCUUUUCCAAAGACUUCUACGGACCCAACUCCCAGGGGUCGCGUGUGGCAGGCGGAUUUCCAGCUGAGCAGGCGGGGGGCUCGAAAAGGGAAGUGGGGCCGCUGCUGCAGGGCGCGGACGGCCCGUGGGAGAGCCCCCACGGGUUCUCCGGCCAAAGCAAGCCCGAUCUCACAGCAGGCCCCGACCUGUGGCCCCCACCCCCCAGCCAGCCCUACGAGCUGUACAACCCUGAGGAACCCACCCCCGACAGGACCCCUCCUUCCUUUGGGGGUCGGCUUAACAACAGCAAGCAGGCUUUCAGCAGUGCCCGGCGGCGGGCCAAGGAGGAGCAGGCCAUGCUCUCCGUGCGGCCCCUGCAGGUUCAGGAGCUGAACGACCUUCACGGCGUGGCCCCCCUCCACCUGCCGCACGUCUGUAGCAUCUGCGACAAGAAGGUGUUUGAUUUGAAGGACUGGGAGCUGCAUGUGAAAGGGAAGCUGCACACUCAGAAAUGCCUGGUCUUCUCUGAAAACGCUGGCGUGCGGGGCGUGCUCGGCGCGGCGGAGGGGACGCUGUGUGCCUCGCCCAACAGCACGGCUGCCUACAGCCCCGCUGGCAACGAAGAUUAUGCCUCAAACCUCGGAACGCCGUACGCAGCCAUUCCAGCAAGGCCAUUCGCCCAGUCGAGUCCCACAUUUCCUUUGGCUUCCACGGGGACAAAUUUUGCGCAGCGGAAAGGUGCUGGCCGCGUGGUGCACAUCUGCAAUCUGCCCGAAGGAAGCUGCACCGAGAAUGACGUCAUCAACCUGGGACUGCCCUUUGGAAAGGUCACUAAUUACAUCCUUAUGAAGUCAACUAAUCAGGCCUUUUUAGAGAUGGCUUACACAGAAGCUGCCCAGGCAAUGGUCCAGUAUUACCAAGAGAAAUCUGCUGUGAUCAAUGGUGAGAAGUUGCUCAUUCGGAUGUCCAAGAGAUACAAGGAAUUGCAGCUAAAGAAACCCGGGAAGACGGUGGCUGCCAUCAUCCAGGACAUCCAUUCCCAGAGGGAGAGGGACAUGUUUCGGGAAGCAGACAGAUAUGGCCCAGAAAGGCCGAGGUCCCGCAGCCCGGUGAGCCGGUCCCUCUCCCCACGGUCCCACACUCCGAGCUUCACCUCCUGCAGCUCUUCCCACAGUCCUCCGGGCCCCUCCCGGGCUGACUGGGGCAACGGCCGGGACUCGUGGGAGCACUCCCCCUACGCCAGGAGGGAGGAGGACCGAGACGCGGUCCCCUGGAGAGAGAACGGGGAUGACAAGAGGGACAGGACAGAGCCCUGGGCACACGAUCGCAAACACCAUCCCCGGCAACUGGACAAGGCCGAGUUGGACGAGCGGCUCGAAGGAGGCAGGGGCCACCGGGAAAGGUACCCAAGGUCUGGGUCCCCCAACCCGCUGCACUCUGCGUCCAGCUACAAAAGCCGGGAGGACAGCUACUACCGGAAGGAGCUCAAAGCCAAGUCGGACAAGUACCCGAAGCAGCAGCAGGAUGCCCCCGGGAAGUCCAGGAGGAAAGAGGAGUCCAGGCUGCGGGAAAGCAGACACCCCCUUCCCGAUGACUCAGGCAUGGAAGACGGGCUGGGGCCAAAGGUCACUAGGGCCCCUGAGGGCGCCAAGUCCACGCAGAGUGAGAAAAACAAAACCAAGAGACCUGAUAGAGACCAAGAAGAAGCUGAUGAUAGAAAAGAAAGAAAAAUGGCAGAGAAUGAGGCUGGAAAAGAGGAACGGGAGGGCUUGGAAGAAAGCCCCCAAUCAGUAGGCAGACAGGAGAAAGAAACAGAGUCCUCUGAUCCCGAAAACACACGGACAAAGAAGGAGCAAGAUUGGGAGAGUGAAAGUGAGGCAGAGGGGGAGAGCUGGUAUCCCACGAACAUGGAGGAGCUGGUCACAGUGGACGAAGUUGGGGAGGAAGAAGACUUUAUCAUGGAACCGGACAUCCCAGAGCUGGCAGAAAUUGUGCCGAUUGACCAGAAAGACGAUCUCUGCCCAGAAAUAUGUCCCUGUGUAGCAACCACUUUAGAUUUCACCAAAGAAGGAGUCAAGGCCAUUGGCAAUGGGGCGUCAGAAGUCAGCCUCAAAUCACCCAGAGAACUGCCUCCUGUUUCCACGAGCUGUCCCAGUGACAUAGACGUGGAAAUGCCUGGCCUAAAUCUGGAUGCUGAGCGGAAGCCAGCUGAAAGCGAGACAGGCCUCUCCCUGGAGGAUUCAGAUUGCUACGAGAAGGAGGCAAAGGGAGUGGAGAGCUCAGAUGUUCAUCCGACCCCUGCAGUCCCGCAAAUGUCUUCCCCCAAGCCAGCAGAGGAGAGGGCCCGGCAGCCUAGCCCAUUUCUUGAUGACUGCAAGACCAGGGGGACCCUCGAAGAUGGGGCUUGUGAAGGCAGCCCCCUGGAGGAGAAAGCCAGCCCCCCCACCGAAACUGACCUCCAAAGCCAGGCUUGCCAAGGAGUGUUGACCCCCGAAAACUCCAGGUAUAUGGAAAUGAAAUCUCUGGACGUGAGAUCACCAGAAUACACUGAAGCGGAGCUGAAACAGCCCCUUUCUUUGCCUUCCUGGGAACCAGAGGAUGUGUUCAGCGAACUUAGCAUUCCUCUAGGGGUGGAGUUCGUGGUUCCUAGAACUGGGUUUUACUGCAAGCUGUGUGGGCUGUUCUACACCAGCGAGGAGAUGGCGAAGGUGAGCCACUGUCGCAGUGCUGUCCACUACAGGAACCUACAGAAGUACUUGUCCCAGCUGGCGGAGGAGGGCCUCAAGGAGACCGAGGGGGCCGGCAGCCCGAGGCCCGAGGACGGCGGAAUCGUGCCACGCUUCGAAAGGAAAAGGCUCUGACGCUGCGGCUGCUGCUAGAAGGUGGAAGAGGGAGGCCUGCCCACGUGGGGCCUUCCUGACCGCUGGGGCAGGACUGAAGCCCGAGAGGAAGGAAAGCCAGGCAGGUCGUGUUGCUUGGGUUUGUUCCCAGAGACUCAUUAAAAUGCCCCCGAAGUGUCUCCAGGAGCCAAAUCACCCUGGCGUGUCCAGCCGCUGAGGGUCACCAACUCUCCCUGUUGACUUUUGUUUCUCUCAAGUGAUCUUUCCAUUCGCUCCUCUCUCUCUCUUCCUCUCCCUCCCUUCCCCCUCCUCAGUGCCAAGGAUCAUUUCCUUUUCAUAAAAUCCAACUUCUCAGGGA